GACUUGUCCUCAGUUCUGUCUCUGACUACUUUGCUGCCAUGUUUACAAGUGAUGUUUGUGAAGCCAAGCAAGAAGAGAUCAAAAUGGAAGGCAUUGACCCUAAUGCAUUAUGGGAUCUUGUUCAGUUUGCAUAUACAGGCUGCCUGGAAUUGAAAGAGGACACUAUUGAAAAUCUUCUAGCAGCUGCCUGCCUCCUCCAGCUCCCACAAGUAGUGGAGGUUUGCUGCCAUUUUCUAAUGAAGCUUUUGCACCCGUCCAACUGUUUGGGAAUACGAGCUUUUGCUGAUGCGCAGGGAUGCACAGAGCUUAUGAAGGUGGCUCACAACUACACUAUGCACGUGAAUGAGGAACUUGGUGUGGGAUAUUACUGCCUACCUUGACUGCAGCACUCUAGAUCAGGCUGACUCUACCUAAGUGAAAAAAGAUUAUUUUGCACUCACGCAUACUAGGAAGAACUUCCAGAGUGCUGAGUAGAUACACUGGGACAGGUGGAUGGAAGAUCAGAAAACAGAAACUUUGUGACGUGAAUAAAGAGCAAGGAAGUGGCGAGCAAAGAGUGGAUGCAUGGUCACUGAGGUGACAAAAAACAAUUUUUUUCCUGCAGAUUCCAAGGAAAUAGUAUGGACUUUAAUGAGAACAGUUCUGAAAGUAUGGUAAAGGUAGAGUUGUCAAUAAACUCAUUUUGUCUUAUGCAGUGCAUUUUAGGAGAAGCUCUCUUUUAAAAAAGGAUGAAUAAAUCCUUUUUUUUUUUUUUAAAGGUCUGUUGUGCUCCCAUGAGAACUUAAAAGUCCUUUCUUUUCAUUCUUUUCAAGGUGUUUUCUUUAAGUUUGCAAAUUGUGGCUUUAUAGUGACAUAUCCUGCCAGUUGGCUUGUAGAAAUGUAUAUUUCUCUGAAAGCAAUAUAAACAGAUUAAGAAACUUCUGGAAUGAAGGCCGAAUAAUGGAUUAAUAAAUGAAGAUUUCAAAUUUUGUGUUUCUGCUUUGUAAGGGAAAGUAAUUUUUCUCUACAAAAACACAAGAGAUUAAGUGAAUUUUUCUUAGCCAAUUGUCUAAAGUAUUUACUUAAAUUAUUUCUCAUAUAAAUAGUGGAAGUGUUAGAACAUAAGUGUCUCUGAUAGAUUCAUAAGGAGAAAAUUUGUGAACAAAAGGGAGGAAAAGAUUGAAUAGCAUUUCAAUUAUAAAAGUUUUAAAAAGUGAAAUAGUAUAUCUUUCUACUUUUUUUUUCAGUUUUUAGAAAGAGAGUUUCUGGAUAUUCAGCAUUAAAAACUAUUGUUAAAACAUUUUAAUACUAUUUUGAUGAAUAGGAAAUAAUUUCAGUGAGUAGGGAAUUACAACUGACAGUCUGAGUUGACAGUUUUAUGAGGCUAAUUUUCAAAACAAAAUUUGGUUUUUUUAAUAUGAUAGAAAUUUCUAAAAUGAAGAAAAGUAGGUAUUCAUGUGCCCAAAAUAAAGAAAAAAAUAAUGACUGAGAUGAUAUACCUUUGCCUUCUUUAUAUUUAAAAAGAUACUUAUGCUACAAGCAAGAAAUUAUUUUUAGCUCAUCAUUUCUCUCAUAUAUAGCCAAUAGUUAUCAAAUCAAUGAGCUUGUGAUACUUCUAUACAAAAAAUGCAGUUAGACAUGACUAGAAAUGUUAGAAAAAAGUCCAUCUCUUUAGCUCUCAACUCUAACUGAGAUAAUCUAAGGUACUUGAACCUUAGCAUUCCCUUAGACUGCAUCAUUCCUUACAAACAUCAUAAAGCUUUCAUCCACCAAUCAGAUUUGGUUAGAAAGUCAUUCUUUAUCAUAGUUUUCUUCACAAUAGCAUUUUAAUCAAUGUAUUUUCAUGAAAAUGAUCUGCUUGAUUUAAUCUCCAUAAAUUUUUUAAUCUUACUUAUUCAAAGGCAAUUUCCUUGACUAGUUGAUUAUUUAAUAAGUUCUAAAUUACACUGUAAUUUUCAAUUUAUAUAUAUACAAUA